CAACACUGCAUUUUCAUCAUCCUGAUGCUAAUCUCAUCCUUAUCUUUAUUCUUCUUCUUUCUUCCCUUGCUUCUCAGCUGAACGCUAACCCAAUUCUCAAUUUUCAACCUCACUCGCUUUCACCUUCCAAGAUUUGCCCAUUCAACAGCUUUUCAGUUUACGCACUGAAAACUAUUUCUUCUUUCUUUUUCUCUCUGGUUAUCUUUAAUUUGGUGGUUCUUUAUUUUACAGAGAAAGUGACUGAAAAUUUUGGUCAUUGAUCCAAUUGCUUCCAUUUCCUUCUAUGGCCACUCAAACAGCCUCCUCCUCUACUUGGAAAUAUGAUGUGUUUCUGAGUUUUUGCGGUGUUGACACCCGUAAGAAUUUCACAGACCAUCUUUAUACAGCUUUGAAACAAAAAGGUAUUGUCACCUUCAAGGAUGAUGAGAAACUUGAGCGUGGAAAAUAUAUUUCUACAGAACUCUUAAAAGCUAUAGAAGAGUCCAAGUACGCAAUCAUCGUUCUCUCAAGAAACUAUGCUUCUUCAAGGUGGUGCUUGAUUGAACUGGCAAAGAUUGUCGAAUGCAUGAAAGACAAUGGGUUGAUUGUUUUGCCCGUUUUUUACCAUGUGGAUCCCUCUCAUGUACGGAACCAAACUGGGACUCUUGCUGAAGCUUUUGCUAAACAUGAGCAAGAUCCCAAGAUUAACAUAAAGGAUGUACAAGCGUGGAAAGAUGCUUUAAAAGAAGUUGGCAAUAUCUCUGGAUGGCAUAUAAAUGACAGCCAUGAAUCAUCAGAUAUCCAACAAAUCCUUAAAAGGAUAUUUAGUGAAUUGAAUUUUAAAUUCUCAAGUAUUUUUCUCAAGGGCCUUGUUGGAGUAGACUCACGUGUAAAAGAAGUGUUGGAUUCAUAUUUGGAUGAAGGAUCGGGUGGUGUUCGCUUUGUAGGGAUUUGUGGGAUGGGUGGAAUGGGCAAAACAACUCUUGCACAAGAAAUUUACAAGAGAAUUUUUGUUAACUUUGAAGCUAGCAUCUUUAUUGAUAAUGUAAGAGAAGAAACUAGAAAUCAAGGUCUAGUUUCUUUACAAAAACAACUUAUUUCCAAGAUCCUUAUGGAAAGCGAAAUAAAUAUAUGGAAAAUUUCUGAGGGAAUCAAUGUCAUAGGGAAUAUAGUACGUAAUAAAAAGGUUCUUAUUGUUCUUGAUGAUGUGGAUGGAGAAGAACAACUAGAAGCAUUAGCAGGGAACCAUGUUUGGUUUGGUUCAGGGAGUAGAAUCAUUGUAACAAGCAGAGACAGUCAUUUAUUGAGAAGAUGUGACAUGAAUUUUAUAUAUACAGUCAAGCAGUUGAAUAACAAUGAUGCUUUGAAGCUUUUUAGUUGGAGAGCUUUCAAGAAACCUGAUCCUAAAGAAAAUUAUAUGGAUUUGUCUCAGCAAUUUGUAAAUUAUGCUAACGGCCUUCCUUUGGCUCUUAAAGUUUUAGGUUCUUUGUUAUUUGAUAAAGAAAUAGAUGAAUGGAAUAGUGCUUUGGAUAAACUAAAAGUAGAGCCGGAUAAAAAAAUUUUAGAUAUUCUUAAAAUAAGUUAUGAUGGGUUGACGAAUACGCAGAAAGAAUUAUUUUUGGAUAUUGCAUGUUUUUUCAAAGGAGAGAACAAGAAUUGCAUAAGAGAUAUACUAAAAAGUUUUGGUUACUAUCCAGAGUACAAUAUUGGUGUUCUUAUAGACAAAUCUCUCAUAACCAUUGAGCGAAAGGAAACCAUAUGGAUGCAUGAUAUGCUACAAGAAAUGGGUCAAGAAAUUGUUAGUCAUGAAUCCCCUAAAGAGCUUGGUGGACGUAGAAGGUUGUCGCUUUAUGAGGACGUACUUUUUGUAUUGAAGAAUAAUAUUGGAACAGUGGUAGUUGAAGGCAUAAAGUUAAACACACCUAUUGAAAUAGAAGAACACUUGAGUGCUGAAGCCUUCUCAAAGAUGAAAAAAUUGAGAUUGCUUAAAAUUGGCUAUGAGCAACCUCCACAAGACCUCAUUAGAGGUCCUGUCCAACUUCCACAAGGUCUCAGUUAUCUUUCUAAUGAGUUACGUGCAAUAGAUUGGCAUGGAUAUCCUUUAAAAUCCAUGCCAACUAGUUUCCAACCAAACAAACUUGUUGAAUUGAGAAUGCAUUACAGCGACAUCAAACAACUAUGGAAAGGAAUUAUGGUUUUAAACGAGUUAAAACUCAUUGACCUCAGUGACUCUCAAAACUUGAUUGAGAUCCCGGAUCUUAGUGGAGUCCCAAAUCUUAAGCAACUGAUUCUCCAACGUUGUACAAGACUAUAUAAGAUGCAUGCAUCUCUUGGAGAUCUCAAAUGGCUUAUUCGAUUGGAUUUAAAUGGUUGUAAAUGUCUCGAAAGCCUUCCUUACAAGAUCAGCUUGGAAGCUCUUGAAUUUUUCAAUCUUAAUGGUUGUUCAAAACUAAAGAAAUUUCCAGAUAUUGUGGAAAAUAUGCCACGUUUGUCAAAACUUUGUUUGAGUGAGACUGCUAUAAAAGAUCUAUCAUUAUUAGUGAUACACUCAACUGGCCUUAUAGAAUUGGAUCUAAGAGAUUGCAAAAACCUUUCAAGUCUACCCAUUGCAAUUUGUAGUUUGAUGUCUCUAAAAACUCUCAAUUUAUCUAGCUGCCCAAAACUUGAUGAAUUGCCAGAAAAUUUAGGGAAAAUUGAAGGUUUGGAGGAGUUAGAUGUGAGUGGGACUGCUAUAACGGGCCUACCUUCAUCCGUUGUUCACUUGAAAAAUCUCAAAGAACUAUCUCUCUCCAGAUGUGUGGGGCUAUCAUCUAAAUCAUUUAAGCUCACAAGGCUUCCUUUAAUGCAACCUAGAAGAAGUCCAGAUCCCAUGGGCAUGCUAGAGCGUUCUUUAAUAGGCUUAUGCUCUUUGACCAAACUUGAUCUAAGUUAUUGCUAUGUUCAGACAAUUCCUAAUGUUCUUGGGUGCUUGUUAUCUUUAGAACAUUUAAAUCUAAGGGGAAAUAAUUUUGUUUCCCUUCCUGAAAGUAUCAUUCAACUAUCUAAUCUGAGAUGGCUUUAUAUGGGUGGUUGCACUCAUCUUCGAAUGUUGCCCAAGCUUCCAUUAAAUAUUGAGUAUAUUGAUGCAACAAUGUGUACCUCAUUGGAAACAUUAUCUUUAAGACCAGAAUACGAUUUUCAGCCGAUAUUUCGUCUUCUCAAUUGCGACAAUUUGAUCAAGAAUCAAGGCUACGGUGACCUAUUUUCAACAAUACUAGGACGUUAUAUCAUUAAUACCCAGGGUCUGCAUAAUUAUCCUUUUUACCAUCUCAUUCCUGGAAGUGAAAUUCCGAAAUGGUUUAGCUACCAAAAUUUGGGGGCUUCAGUGAGUCUGCAAGUGCCCUCAGAUUUAUUAUGUAACAAAUUGAUGGGAAUCGCAAUAUGCGCUGUUUUUAUAUUCCGCCAGCAUCAUCCACUUCACCAACUUCAUAUUAACGAUUAUGGAGAUAUGAUAGGUACGCAUUAUCUUUGUUGUUCCGUUGGUGGAUCUACAACAAGCGCGAGCCUUAUUUUAUCCGAGGAAUUUGGUAAGAUUGAAUCGUAUCAGCUGUCGCUGAGAUAUUUUCCCUCUGCAUUCUUUGCAGCGAAAUGGAAAGAAAUAUUGGAGAAGCUACCCCAAAUGACGAACCACCACACCUAA